AUGAAAAAUCAAUUACAUUUAAAUUUGAAUGUAACGGAAACAUUGAAUGUUGAUAAUGAUGGUAAUGCGAGUGAUUCGAUGGAAGCAGCGGCAGCGGCAGCAGCAGUAGCAGUAUCUAAGUUAAAAUUGGAUGGGGUUAAUGUAGAAACCGUCACAACAGUGCCUCAACAACAACAACAACAACUACAACCACACGAACCAAAACAAAUACAACAACUAGAUGCAGAACAACAACAACAACUUAGAAAAGCAUAUAGCAAAAUCGAAGCAAUUGCUGUGGGACAGUCGUCUACAGCAACAACAACAACAACAGCGACCACAAUUAGAACAGACGUGGGAACCGUAGCAGCAACCAAACGAGUAGCGACAUCAUUAUCAUCAUCACCGUCAUUGUUGAAUUCAUCAUCAACGGCAUUAGCUAAAUUUAACCGAAUCAUCGACAGUACAAUGCCGGCAACUAACUAUUAUCAGCACCAUUUGCAACAGCAGCAAGCGCACGAAAGCAUGCAACAUGCCACAUGCGCCGGUGCAGCGCCACCAGCAACGCUGAGUGACGCACUACAGCAGCGCCUAGCGCUUGUCUAUCCCGACAUUGUCUCGACCGAUUCGCAAACGAAAAAAAUUAAUUUCACAACAGCAACAGCAGCAGCAGCGGCAGCGGCAACAGCGAAGACAACAGCGACAACCGCACAAACAGCAAAACCGAAAGCGAAAGUGAAAGGAAAGUCCGGUGCAACGCAUGACCGUACGCGUACAACGCGAGCGGAAAUCGCGACGGAAGUGGAAGCGGCAACAUUGACGGCCGCAGUUGCUGCAACAGCGCCAUCAAACGACGAUAAUCAAAUGAAACGAAAUGAUGUGCAUUAUUUGUUGAAACAAUUAAAUAGUUUUAGUGAUAUAGAAGAAAUAGAAAUUGUUGAUAUGGAGCAAAGACAGCGACAGCUGGAUGAACAACAACAGCAACAGCAACAGUAUAUGGGCCACGGCGUGGAGAAGGCACACUCACCGACAGCGCAAUCGCUUGUGAUAACCUCGCCAUCGUCGCUCUCGCACAAAGGCAUACGACGUUACGCCUCACUGCACCAACAACAGUGCACGCAAUAUGCGCUCGACAGCGACGAGGCGAUCGACAGCGUCGAUCAUCAGCAAUAUUUGCUGCAACAAUUCGACGACUACCUUUUUCAGUCCUGCCACUAUUUGGAGACAAAUUAUUUUGCCGCCAACUAUCGCACUGCCAUGGUCGAGAGCAGCUCACACGAGUUCCGACCAUCGACGACGACGACAACGGGCACCUCGGCAGCAUCUGUCUCAUCGGAGCAAUCGCUCGAGCUGCACGAGACCGAACCGCCGAGCGUCAUAUGCAAGGCACCGCCACCACCUGCGCCUGCCACACCGACCAAGCUUUUAGCAAUGUCGUCUGCUGCCACACCAUCACCCAGCAUCGUCGACGUGCCGAUCACGCCAAGACGCUAUGGCAUGCAAGCGCGUUUGACCAGCAGCGGUGUACAAACCGAACUCACCGCCACCUCGCUCACGGAGGCAUCGCUGGCAAAGAGCAGCAGCAGUUCCGCCAGCUCUGAAGAGCAGCGCCGGCGUGCGCCCUUCUUCAAGUGCUGCUACACGCCCAUCGAUCGUUGGCGUGAAAAGCGCAGCGCAGCACAUUCAGCGGCGGCAGCGCAAAAGCGUGGCAGUCGACAAAGUGUGCAGCCGAGUGCUGCUGCAGCCGCACCGUCGGUGAGCAAGCGCGGUGGCGCCACUGCCAGUGCUAGAGCUAGUGAGGCCAGCGGCGCACAGCAACAUACGCGCAAAAAUGGGCAUGCAGUCUGACAUUUCGCGUACGCGUUGGAGUGUGUAGGCGUGAGCGUGAGCGUUAACAUGAGCUUGUGGACAAAGCGAUGCAAAAUGAGUAUACAUCAGCGUCGCUGUCUAUUUGCGAUAUCAACAAUUAUUUCUAUUUCAAAAUUAUGCUUGGAAUAUUUGCGCCAAUACUUUUGUAUGCAGGAAAAUAUUCCAAGUAGUUUAUUUGUUUGAAAGCGCAAACUUAGAUGAUAAACUAGGAGGAGGAGGAGCAGAAGCAGAGUUAUUUAGUGCGGCGCAUUGAAGGCGCGUCAAUGCGUGGCAACGAGUGAACGAGAUUUUGAAUAUUGGCAGUUGUAGUAGCGAUUAAAAUAGAAGUCUUAAAAAGUGUUCUAAAUGUUAAAGCUUUUUUAAAAAGCCUUUUAGUUGUAUGCAUGCAUGCAGGAAGCGAACCAGUACGGUACCAGUGGCAGCUGGUACAAGCUAAAGUAGGAAGCUACACACACGCUAAACUCAAAGAUAAUAAAGAGCCACAAAUACAACGCACUAAACAAGAGAUUUGCAUUUAAAAUUAGUGCUUUUAAAUAAACAUGUUUUUUGUUAACAAUUAAUUAUUUUAUUUAAUCAAUUCUUUAAGACGCCAAUUAAUAGCGUUAAAUUAGCUUUGAAAGCAUUUCCAAAGAUUCUAUUUUUAGAUUAUAUGAAGAGUUAAUAUAAAAUAUUUGAUUUUGUAUAAAUUUUGAAUUAUUAUUUUUUUUAUCGUUUCGUAAUAGUUACGUCAUAUAAUCUACUGUAUUCACUGAAUUUAAUUCAAUUUAAACAAAUGCGCAUUACAUCUAAAGAAAAUUUACGCCCUUGGCUUUAUCUUAUUUUUGAUAUUAGUGUGUACCGUUUGCAGUGUCGUGGAUUCCGAAUGCUUUUGUUUACAAAAAUUGAUUAGAAGCAACAAAAUAAUCACCUAUCGUAAUAAUUUAUCGUAAGAACACCGAAUGUCGUCUUAAUGCCUACACACACACAGCGAUUUAAGUGAAUGCAGCGCACUGAACGAAAACCGCACACGAAGCAUACUCCCAUACAUACAUACAUGCACACUCAUACAGAUUUUGUUUGCGAGCUUCACAAAACUGCAUAGAGGAAGCGUACACCUAAACUUAAUAAAAUAACGAAGUGCAAGCAUGGUAACGUAAAUAAUAACAAUAGCUUAAUAUAUUUAAUAUAUUAAAGAAAAAAAAAUAAAUAAAAUUAAAGAACAAAUGCCGUCGGUAGGUAAAAAUUGCAAAUGAAAGUAAAUAUAGCAGCAGCAGCAGCAGCACAUAGCAUAUUUCACGAAUGUUUACGAAAAAUACUUUACAAAAUUAAAAUAAUUGUAACGCGAGCGUUUAGUCUUAACAUAAUUAAUUAUAAUUAAUGCAAAUACUAAGGUUAAGUAACUUUUUCUAAAACACAAAAGAAGUAAAACAUAAACGUAGAAACGCAUACAAAACAAAAAAAUAUAUAAUUAAUUAAAAAAUUUAAAAAAUAAGUAAAUAAAAUGCAAAAAACAUAAUAAGAAAAUAUAUUGUUAUUGCAUUGAAACGCUAAAAACAUAGAAGCUAUAUGAACAUAAACCAAAACCAAAAAAGAACAAACACAAUACCACAUGAAACGCAUAUUGACUAUAUAUGCUAUGAACUAUAAAAAGCGCAUCAAAUACCAGUAAAUAAUUUAAUUAGAGAGCUUGUAUAGUAAACGAGUGAAAUCGCAGAAGAAAAUGAAUAAAAGACAGCAAAAAAAAAACCAAAAAAAAAUUAUUGAAACAUAAUAAAUUAAUAAAAGAAAAGUAAGCAAAAAGCGUAGGAGUGAAAUUUUUAAGCGCUAAUAUUUAAUUUUCAAAACAUUCUAGCAUUAACUUAAUAGGUAAUUCAUAUAAAUAUACAUGCAAGCAAAUGAGAUGUAAAGCAAAGCAAAGUAAAAGAAAAAGCAACAAGAAAGCAACACAAAUACACCAUGUCAUGUGACAGCGCACUAAGUGUGCAGGAACUGUUAUCAUUAACGGCGUAUGUAAAUUUGGAUAUAAAUGAAAUCUAAAAUACGUUUAUAAUAACAAAUUUGUCUAAAUUCUGCGCAUAGCAAAAUAAAUUAAUCCAAGUACCAGUUGUUAAGUUUGGGUUUUGAUUAUUCGAGUUUCGAAAUGUUACGUACGAUGCUGUUAAUUUUGUUCGUUGAUUUUUGAUAUACAUACAUACCUACAUAUAGUACAUAUAAAAAGCAAAAAAAAAACAAAAAACAAGAAAA